UGAAGAAAGAAUAAACGUUGUGUAAUUUCCUGAAUUAAUUCCUUCGACGCGUCUUCAGGAAAAAAUUUUGCUCUGAAUUCGAAUGCAAAAGGAGAAGUCUUUUUGAUGUCGAUUGAAGAUAUAUUCUCAAGCAACCGUUUUCCAUUCGUUGUUGAUUUCACUGCAAAAUCGAGCUCAGCUUCGAGUGUAGAUACACAAACAUUAAUCUAA